AAUUCUCUAAUUGUUAUGUCCUUAGCCUUUUGGACUAGUGAUAACAGUUAUGAAACAUUAGCCAGAAACGAAAAGAUGAACAGCACAACCACGACAAUAUCUUUGAAACCUUUGAUUCCUCGUAACAACAACGUUGUUUUUCCCAAAAUAUGUUCCACAAAAUCCACAACAACAAUAGUUCGUGCAAAUCUUCAACCACCCAACAAUUCCACCAACACAACCCAACAACAACAACAGCUCAAUCUCUCUGUUCUUCGCUUCACAUUGGGUAUACCUGGUUUUGAUGAAUCUUACUUACCUAGAUGGAUUGGUUAUGCUUUUGGUUCACUUCUUCUCUUAAAUCAUUUUCUUGGUUCUGAUUCUGCCACUGUUACAACAGCACAGCUUAGAACAGAGGUUUUAGGUCUGUCUUUGGCUUCCUUCUCAGUUGUACUGCCUUACCUUGGUAAAUUUCUCAAGGGUGCUCAACCGGUGGAACAAACAACUCUACCAGAUGAAGCGCAACAAGUAUUUGUCAUGUCAACAGAUAUAGCGGACGGUCUGAAGGAAGAUCUGGCUUGGACAUCGUAUAUUUUGCUGCGUAAUACUAACGCCAUAGCUGCGCUCAUUUUUAUUCAAGGAGAAAUAUGCGCAAGAGGCUACUGGAACGUAACCAAUGAUUCAUCGAAAGAAAUUCUUCUUGGACAGUUUAGGAAAAAAAUUGAAAAUGCCGGCCUCAAUGAUUUGAAGGACACCCUAUAUUUUCCACAAGAUGCAGAUUCUGAAUUUCAGGAUCUUGCACCUAAAGGGACUCGUUCUCUUCUGGUGCAGCCAAUAUUACAAGUUUCUCUCGAGAGUGCUACUGAUUCGAAAAAACUGGUGGGAUUUAUUCUGCUGGUCUCGACCACGAGGUAUGCAUUUAGCAUUAAAGACAGAGCUUGGAUUGCAGCUGUGGCCAACAAGCUUAGAGGCUGAUGUGGAUUUCUUUCGUGUUUAUAAGCCUAAAUUCAAUUUUGUACAAGUAGAUUGAAGUGGUAAAGUAUUUUCUGCACGGAUGAUAAGGUGCCAGAAUGUUUCUGAUGGCUAAUAUAAUGCCAAUCUUGACAUGGGAUGCUACACCUUUUUGAUAUCAUGAUUAAAAGUGUAAUUAUGCAUCCAGUUGAACUGAUGAUCAGAAGUUACACUUACAAAAAGAAGUUGAAUCUAGUUGAUCACAUUUAGUAUCCGAUCGUGCCUUGAAGAGAAUUACCACCCUUGGAGGAAACUUAUGAGAAACAGAAAAAUGGACAUCAGGAUUAUACCUCUCAUGUAUUAGAAAGUGAACUUUUGAAGGACUGAGUUGUGCAUAAAUAUUCGAUUAUCUCGCAGAACUUUGAUCCAGUGAUUUGUGGUUCAAAUAAAUGUAAAAGUUAUCUUUUGAGGCAUCAAACCAAACAUGUUUGUCCAUACUUUUGUAUAUUGAUUUCACAUUUAACCAUUUGUAUGAUCGUAUCUUUCUCUUUUGGCACCUCAUUUGUUUCUACA